CUCAACAUGGCGCUGAGCUUGGCGGAAGUGAUGCAGCUGUCACUGUGUAAAGAUGGCGGCGGAUGGCGAUUUCCUACUGCGGUACAGACUGGUGUCUAAUAAGCUGAAAAAGAGAUUUUUACGAAAACCAAAUGUUGCUGAGGCCAGCGAGCAAUUUGGUCAGCUGGCGAAAGAGCUUAAGCAGCAGGACUGCCUACAGUAUGCCGGCUUCUGUAACUUAGCUAUGGCCCGAUGUGAGCAGACACUAUUUAAUGCCCCUGGAGAAGCCAUGGCUCUAACUGAAGCUGCUCGUCUGUUCCUGCAAGAGGAGAAGGAAACACAGCGCUUAAAAUGUCCAGGGUUUGAGGAGCAUUUACAGGCGGCUAUCAACUGCUACAGCUUUGCCAUUAAGGUUUACAUAGAACUGAACCAACCAGUGAUGGCGGCGAGUCUUUGCCUGGAGCUGGGAAACGCAUUGAAGGAUAUGAGUAAGCUGGGCGAAGCAAUGGUGUAUUUCCAGCGUGCGGCCGAGUUACAGACACAGGUUCCUAUCGAGUGUCUCCUGUCGCUGGGAUACGUAGCUUCGUGUAAAAUCAUGACACGUGACUAUGACGGAGCUCUGGCCGUGUUCACAGAGAUGCAGCUUCUGGCCCAGGAGAAGGGUCUGCACACAGCAGGGAGCAGCUUGCCUGUGGGGGCGUUUCUGGACAUGAUUGUAAAGAGUGAAGUUUCGCGGGUGCUGCUCCUUAUGUUGCUGCAGCCUCCGCCGCAGAAGCUGCUGCCUGAGCACGCGCAGACGCUGGAGAAAUACGACUGGGAAGCGUUCGACAGCCACAGUCACGUGAAUUAUCUGACAGAAGAGGUGUUUUUAUUGCUGCAGUCUGUGGUGAUGGCCUGCCAAGAAAAUGAUGUGGAGUCGCUGAAGGUCCUGCAGGUUGAAUUGUGGCCUCUUCUGACGGCUGAGCAGAACCAUCUUCUUCACCUGGUGCUGCAGGAGAUGAUUUGUCCAUCGGGCCAGGGAGUGUGAUGCUCUCUCCAGGGGUCAGGAUCACAGCUACCCAUAAGCCUCCUGUGUAAAUAUGGCCUCCCUCAUGCCAGCUGCACUGACACAUGCAAACUUGAUCUUUGAUAUAAGUUUUUGGUUUCAUACAUAUAUAUAUGUUAACUCCACUGCUCCCAUAAUAUAAAUAAAAAAAAAAAUAUAUAUAUAUA